UAUUUGCCCGGUACAGUACUCAAGUCACCCUGGUGAUAAAUUAUUAGAAGCAAUAAAGUUAAGUCGUGGAAUGAAUCAGAAGACUUGGUUUGAAGUCGGAGCUCAAAUGAAUACCUCCCCUAGCCUAAAUUUACUUAUCUUUAGAAUGGGAUUAGAAAAGCAAAACAAGACAAAAACCUACUUUGCUAGCUAGAAAGACGUCCAUGCACGGGGACGCGCUUUGUAAACCCUAAGGCACUAUGAAAUUAAAUAAGGAAUAGCAGGAGCCUUGAUGUGGAAUCCUGGGGGGAGGUGAUGCUCACCAAGGGAGAGAGUAAACGAGCCUUUCCUGAAACCCAUACCGUUUCACUUGGCCUAGGACGCUUCCUAACCUCGCCCUUUCCAGGUUCUUAACAGAAGUCAAUCGGCUGGAGGCGUUUCCGGUUAGCUCCUCCCCUCGCAUAAAGCCCAGGGACCGCCGAGCUCUAGGACCACUCGGUGUUAUCCUCCGCCGGGCUGGCUGCCCAACCUUUGCCAGACUGCCAAGUACAACGUUGCGGCGCCAUUGGCUCGAGAGGCACCUGAGGGACAAGACCGCGGGCCAAUGGGAGGACGCUCUGUCCAGGCGGCCGCAGUAUAAGAGCCAUUCAGGCCUUGGCUUGGAUUUAACUCUUUAGAGGUGAGUUUGCAGUGCCUGGGAAAGUUGUUGGUAGUAAAAGUGCCACGUCUGCGAAGAAGGGAGACUCAUGAACUUGCCAGGAGCUGUUACCCCUAAGCCUAAAACUACAUUCUUAACUCUUUGAAGUCAGGGGCCCUUUCUGUGUUUUUUUAGAGACUCUUUCCUGUUCUACUAACAUGAGGCUUUUCUCGUGGAACGCUGUCCUGACACUGUUAGUCACUUCUUUGAGUGGGGCUCUGAUCCCUGAGCCAGAAGUGAAGAUUGAAGUUCUCCAGAAGCCAUUCAUCUGCCAUCGCAAGACCAAAGGGGGAGACUUAAUGUUGGUCCAUUAUGAAGGCUACUUAGAAAAGGAUGGCUCGUUAUUUCACUCCACUCACAAACAUAACAAUGGUCAGCCCGUUUGGUUUACCCUGGGCAUUCUGGAGGCUCUCAAAGGUUGGGACCAGGGCUUGAAGGGAAUGUGUGUGGGGGAGAAGAGAAAGCUCAUCAUUCCACCUGCCCUUGGUUAUGGAAAAGAAGGAAAAGGUAAAAUUCCCCCAGAGAGUACAUUGAUAUUCAACAUCGAUCUCCUGGAGAUUCGAAAUGGACCGAGAUCCCAUGAAUCAUUCCAAGAAAUGGAUCUUAAUGAUGACUGGAAACUCUCGAAAGAUGAGGUUAAAGUGUAUUUAAAGAAGGAAUUUGAAAAGCAUGGUGCGGUGGUGAAUGAAAGUCAUCAUGAUGUUUUGGUGGAGGAUAUUUUUGAUAAAGAAGAUGAAGACAAAGAUGGAUUUAUAUCUGCCAGAGAAUUUACAUAUAAACAUGAUGAGUUAUAGAGACGUAGCUGCUCGUUUUAUACAUCAAGAGGGUGACCAUCUUUAAAGAAAGUCUUAUUUUUUAACAGUGUUCUGUUCUUAGUUUUUUAUUUUUAUACAUUUUUCUAAAUAUUAUUUAAAGAACCCCUUCAGGUUCCUAAGUGCCCAUUUCUUUCUGGUUAGUUAUUGGGAAGAAAAAAUUAAUUUGUCUUUGAAUGGAAGACUUCUGGACCAUUUUCCAUUUUCCCGUAUGAAGCCUUAUGUUUUACUUACUCUCUUGUAAUCUUAAGAUAUUGCAACUUGGUACAUGCCAUAACAUAAGACUAGGUCAACACGCUAUAUUUCUCCUUCUCUCUGUUUUCUCCAGAUGCUGAUGUAUUUGAAAAGCCUUUUGCAAUAGCCCAAGGCUUACUAUUUUCAUUUAAUAACGAAAUAGUUUGGCUUCAAUUCCCUUUAAGUCUCUGCUUAAGGAAAAUGGCUUUGGACUUUACUAGUUAACAGCUACUGCUUUACUGAGGAGAUGUGCAAUGCUGAUGUGGGUAACAAAGGUAAUAACUUAUAAAUACGUAUGCAUUCAAACACUCUGCCUAGGACUUAAGUGGCUUGAUUAAGUUCAUUUCCUAGUGGCUAAUGACCUAUCCUGAUAAAUAGGACAAAUUAUUGAUGUGUUUGUUUCUUUGUAAUGAAUUGUGUCAAAAUAUUGUAGACAAGGUAAAGAGUUUUAUUUAUUCACUGUGUUCAAGGCUAGUAGAUUUCUCAUUUCUUUGAUGAAUAAAAUCUGUAAUGAGAAUGUUAUGCUACAAUGGUAUUGUAUUAUAAAUUACUAAGCUAAUAAUGACUUAACCCUGUUCACACUGACCAAAUAACAUGUUAAGGCAAGUAUUUUAGGCCAGAAUCGCCAUUAUGAAAACUAAGGAGCUGAGGUUUCUAGGCUCCUAGCUGUUGGCGUUUUCUAGAACUGUGCUUGUACUGGCAAGAUAAAGCCAAGCAGAGAUCUUGCCGUAGAAAUGUUCUCAUUUCUGCCUCGUCAAAAGAUGAGGCCUACCUAUACCAGUUACUGUUGAAUAGAGGUAUAAUCUGGGUAAAAAAAUUGAUGAUUUUAUAGUUUUAUCUUAAAUUGGUUUUUAUCCUUAAUACUUUUACAACAUGACCAAAGCUCCAUUUACUAAGAAAAGUCUUUUGUGCUUUACAAAGUGUUAUCAAGUGCAUUGUUGUCUUUGAUUCUUAUUGCUCUGAAGUCUUUAAGUGUGGGUCUUACUGUACCAAUUUUAUAGAUGAAGAAAUAGACGUUCAAAGAGAUUGCUUGUUAUGCCCCUGGUGAGCAGCUAACCAGUAGAACCAGUUUUUAGUCCUCAAGGUCAGUGUCUUUCUUCUGCCCUCUAGUAUUGAAAAAGUGAAAAUUCUCUUGGAAUUCUUUGAGUCUGAUUGUCUCUUCCAUUUGUUCUUCAAGCAGCCAGAUCUGCUGUUUGUCUUUAGGUUCUUACCCAUGAAGAUGGUAUGCUAUGUCUCUGGCACUUUAGAAUUCUUCUUAUGGUACAGGAAUGACUGGUUUCAUAUGAUAAUCUUGGGGUUAGCACCAAAUUGCCUCAUAAACCCUAUGUGGUGAGAGAGGUUCUAGGUGUGUACCUUAUUCCUUUCAUUCCUAUUUCCCCACAGGUUUUUUGUUUUCUUUCUUUUAAUUUUUAUUCUGCUUUAAGCGAAAUUUACAAAUCAAGUCAGUCUCUCAUACAAAAAUUUAUAUACACCUUGCUAUAUACUCCUAGCUGCUCUCCCCCUAAUGAGACAGCACACUCCUUCUGUCCAUCCUCUAUUUCCAUGUCUAUUCAGCCAGCUUCUGACCCCUUCUGCCGUAUCACCUCGCCUCCAGACAGGAGCUGCCCACAUAGUCUCAUGUGUCUACUUGAUCCAAGAAGCUCAAUCCUUACCAGUAUCAUUUUCUAUCUUAUAGUCUAGCCCAAUCCUGCCUGAAGAGUUGGCUUUGGAAAUGGUUCCUGUCUUGGGCUAACAGAAGGUCUGGGAACCAUGACCUCCAGGGUCCUUCUAGUCUCAAUCAGACCAUUAAAUCUGAUCUUUUUACAUGAAUUUGAGGUCUGCAUCCCACUGUUCUCCUGCUCCUUCAGGGGUUCUCUGUUGUGUUCUCUGUCAGGGCACAGGCUGAUGUAGUCUGUGAUUUACGUGGCCCUUUCUGCUUGUUUUCAAAGAAUCAUGAGCAAUCAUUGCAUCACAUAUAGACUACUUUCACAGAUUGUAUGUUGAUAUAUACCUCGCUAAAUUGUAAAGUUCUCAAAAAGAACAUACUAUACUGCCUUCCCCUGACAAAAUCAUCUCUACUUGAAAACUCGUAUGUCAUCAGUGAUAUUUUCCUUGACCUGGAGGAGUUAUAAGCCAUGAUACAGAAAGCCUUAUACUGUCUUGUGGGAGGAAGGAAAGCAGCUUGUCCUAUGGUGCUACUUUGUGUAAAUAUUACUGAUGAUGCUAUCCAUGGUAGAGAAAGUAAAGCAGAAAGAAGUCUGAUUAUUCAGGCAGCAUAUUUCUUGAUCUUAUGAGUUUUUAGCAAUUCCUAUAUUUAAUAUUUAGAUAUAAGUAUGAAAUUAAACCAAAUAAAUAGCUUAUGAUUGUUUUUAAAUUAUCUGCCCUUUUGGUUUAGCUGCAGCUUUGUACCUUUCCAUUACAGGGAAUAAACAGAAAUGGACUGUGACCUCCACUUGUCUCUAAUUUGACUCCUUAAUAUUGCUAAAUGUGUCAUAUUUACAUUUAUGUGAAUAUGUUAUGGUAUUCUUUUCAAAAUAAAGUUUAUUUGGAAGUAAUUUGUUUUGUGAAAAAUUCUUAAAAGCAUUGAUUUCUUUAGCAGCUUUUUCAAUUUUCUUAACUGCAAUUCUGGGUUUUAUGUUGAAAUCAAGUGAGAGGAAGAUGAACAGGUAGUAAGAGGAGAGAGGUAUAGUAACACCCUGAGUGUGCCUCUGAUUGUAUACCCUGUUUAGAUACAUUUGUUAGCAAAGCUGUGCCUUGGUGUAAAUUGUUUUGAAAUAAGCAUGAAAUCUUAACCAUUGAGAGUAAUAGUUAACAGAGAAUUUUUAGUGCUGGAAAAAUUUAGAGGCUUUUUUUCUAUUUUUUAGUGGUGAUAGUGAUUAUCACUAUUGUUUUAGUCUGGGGUUUUAUUGUGCGUUACGGGUUGACAUGAUGAUGAUUACUGCCUACUGAGCAAAUUAGUGCUAUAAAAUGCCUUCUGUGAUUAAAUGCAAUGCUGGGUUGUCAAAAAUAAUAAGAAAUGAUGAUUCCCAACUCAGAUGAAAUGAUUAGCCAUUUUUAUCUUUCCGUGUGGAAAUGCAUAUGCACUUUCCAUCUUAUUCAUGAUGUAGGAUAUUGUUUACCUCUAUAAUAUUGUUCGGAUAUGCCAUCAUGCUACCUCUUCCCAUCAAAUGGGUGAUUUCUCAGUGCUCAGAAAUUGCAAGAGGAGAAAAAGGAGCUUGGUGGAAUGCUAUGGGAAAAAAUUUCUUU